AUGUGGCACUUUUUGGCGCGAAACAAGCAGGCGGCGGUGAUGCUGGGAUUGCUGGCCGUCGCGGCGUUCGUGGUCGUCGUUCUGGCGACGAGGGGCGCCAGCAUCGGCGUCGUCGAGGUCACGGCCGCGGAAACGGAUGACGUAAGCGACGACCCGCACGUAUUCUCCACGUACAGCCUGCCGUCGGACAAUAGGUUCAUGCCCUCCGUGGGCAACGGUCACCUGGCGACCAACGUGUUCAGCGACACGGUGUAUAUGAACGGGCUGUACAACGGCUUUAGAGGCGAGAGCCACCGCGCGAGGAUCCCCGCGUGGGCGAACAUCAGGCUCAACUCGACCUUGACACACCACCCGUACAAACCCGUCUACAGUCUGGACACCAAGCACGGCGUGUUCACGGUCACAGUUGACAGGGACCGGUCGGUGGUGACGCAGAGGAUAUACGCCCACAGAUUCUACACGAGGGCAAUCGUGAAUCAGAUCCAGGUGGCCUCGAAACAUCGGCCUGAUCCGAAUUUUCUGCAUCCCGAGAUAUGGAUCGCUGUCAAACUGAUGCCCGGGCCGGAUAGCAGCGAUAUUGAGUUUGGGGAGCCAGUGCCGGAGAUUUUUGAGGGCCGGACGAUCUGGAGAGCUUGCGGUCAGACCAAAAUAUCGGAGGACCCCGACUACCAGCCGCUGCCGGUGGACGUGUGCGCGUAUUGGACCUCCGUGCCCGACCACUUGGUCGUUCCGCAGCACGGCACCAGGGUCUUCACGUUCGCCAUGACCGCCGACAAAAACGGAACCGUCGCGAGGGAAGAGCUAAUUAAAGUGUUACAGGAGGACGGUGAAGAAUUGUACGAGAAACAUUUGGAGCAGUGGCAGCGACUGUACCAGAAGGCCACUAUUCAAAUCGAAGGCAACUUGAAACUGGCCAAAAUAGUUAACGGUAUCUGGUAUUACAUACUAAGUUCUUUGCCUUCGGAGGAGUCUCACCUGCCUUUAGACCGCUUCUUUGGGCUCAGCCCCACGGGUCUCGCAAGAGGCGGCACACUAGACGAUUACGAAGGGCACAACUUCUGGGACACGGAGACCUGGAUGUACCCGGCAAUCCUGCUUCUCUAUCCAGGCUACGCUCACGCACUGCUCCAGUACAGACUUGACACGGCGUACGUCGCCGCGCAAAUAGCAAGGACUACCGGCCACAAGGGUUACAGGUUUCCAUGGGAGAGCGCAUACACUGGCACCGAGGUGACCCAGCCCUGUUGUCCAGAAGUAGCGGAGUUCGAACAACACAUCUCCGGUUGCAUUUCGUUCGCGGCCAGACAGUAUCUGGCCACGACACGGGACGAAGAAUGGUUGAAGCAAGGCGGCUGUUCGCUGGUGACACACAUAGCUGACUUUUGGGCUUCCCGUGCCGUUAUCAACUACACUUCGGGUUAUUACGACAUAAGCAACGUGAUGGGGCCUGAUGAAGAUCACAGCAACGUGACUAAUUCUGCUUUCACGAAUGUUGUCGCCGGAUACUCCCUGUACUUAGCUCAGUACGUAGCAUGCCUUUGCAAGGAGUACUACAUGGCGAAGGUCGCGGAGCGCUACGCGGAUAUAGCUUGGAGCCUCGCGCUGCCCUACGACGCACGCUACGACUACCAUCCCCAAUACUCGGGCUACGGGAGAGGCGAAAUCAUUAAGCAAGCUGACGUGGUGCUGCUCGCCUUUCCGCUGCAGUAUCCCAUGAACGAAUCGACGAGGGCAAACGACCUCUCGUACUACGAGAAGGUAACGCGUAAAAACGGCCCAGCGAUGACGUGGAGUAUGCACACGGUUGGGCACCUGCGUUCUGGGGACAGUGAGAAGGCUGCAACUAUGUUUAACAAAAGCUACGACGCAUACGUCAGGGAGCCAUUUAAAGUCUGGAGCGAGCUCCGUAGGCCCGACGUCGGCGCUGUCAACUUCCUUACCGGGAUGGGCGGCUUCUUGCAAGCUUUAGUGUUCGGUUACGCCGGGAUCAGCGUCUACUUGGACCGCUUGGAAGUACACAGACCGCAGCUGCCGCCACAAACCGCCAAACUAAAGAUCAAAGGCAUAAAAUACCUGGGCGCGAAUCUGACGUUGGACAUUGACGACGUGGACGUCACCCUUAGUGUCAGCUCCAUCGACGACAACUGGCCUCUGGUCAUGGACAAUGGGAAACACAACGUGACGUUGGUUCCGGGUCUGUCAGUUACGCUGUCAGGCGACGGGCCAUUCGUAAUACGAUCUAAGGAGUGGAAAGACUGCAAACUGCCUGCUGAUGUCAUUGGGCAGCACUAUCUCAGGCAGAAUGGCCAG